UCAGAAUGGCAGAGACUCAUGUGUUGAUGGAGAGGCUGGAAAAAGCUGUUAUUCGACUGGAAUCACUAUUUUCAGAUUCACACAGGUCUGCAGCAGUGGAGUAUGAAGCUGUCAAUGGAGUCAGUGGAGGUGUAGCACCAUAUGUUGAAGCCUUUGAUAGACUGUUGAAUGGGAGUGUGGCUGAAUUUCUCAGGAAUAGCAGGACUCUAGAAGGUGAUGUGAAGACACAUGCAGAAAUGGUAUGUGCUGCUUUCCAAGCACAGAGAUCCUUCCUGUUGUUAGCAUCUCAGUAUCAAGAGCCUCAAGAGAAUGAGGUGGCAAUGCUUCUCAAACCAAUAUCAGACAAGAUUCAGGAAAUCCAGAACUUCAGAGAGAGUAACCGAGGAAGCAAAAUGUUCAAUCACCUCUCCGCUGUCAGUGAAAGCAUACCGGCCCUUGGCUGGAUAGCAGCGUCUCCUAAACCAGGCCCUUAUGUCAAGGAGAUGAACGAUGCUGCUACCUUUUAUACUAACAGGGUGUUAAAGGACUACAAAAACAGUGAUUCACGUCAUGUUGAUUGGGUGAAGUCAUACUUGAACAUUUGGUCUGAGCUCCAAGCUUACAUUAAAGAGCAUCAUACCACAGGUCUCAGUUGGAGUAAAACCGGACCAGUUGCAUCAACAAUGUCUAUGCGAUCCAUUCUAAUGAGUGGACAGUGCGUCUCACUGCCUCCACCUCCACCACCACCACCAGGACCUCCUCCUCUCUUUGAUACAGAAAGCCCCAAGGAUGAAGCAACUGCAUCUCGCUCAGCCUUAUUUGCCCAGCUUAACCAGGGAGAGGCAAUUACCAGAGGACUCCGACAUGUCUCUGAUGACCAGAAGACUCACAAGAAUCCUAGUCUACGUGCCCAGGGUCCACCAGUGCGUUCUCCUACAAAAAGUCAUAUGCCAAGCCCCACUUCUCCCAAGACUCCUCCUCGGCAAAGCCAUUCACCUGUGUUAGAACUAGAAGGAAAAAAAUGGAGAGUGGAAUACCAAGACGAUAAGAAUGACCUUGUUAUUACUGACACCGAACUCAAGCAAGUGGCAUACAUUUUUAAGUGCAACAAAUCUACACUACAGAUAAAAGGAAAAAUAAAUUCCAUUACAGUUGACAACUGCAAAAAGUUUGGCCUCGUGUUUGACAAUGUCGUGGGCAUUGUGGAAGUGAUCAAUUCCAGAGAUAUUCAGAUUCAGGUGAUGGGAAAAGUGCCAACCAUUUCUAUUAAUAAGACAGAAGGCUGCCACAUAUACCUCAGCGAAGAAUCCUUAGACUGUGAGAUUGUGAGUGCCAAGUCCUCUGAAAUGAACAUCCUCAUCCCCCAAGACAGUGACUAUAAAGAAUUUCCUGUUCCUGAACAGUUCAAGACAGCAUGGGAUGGCUCCAAGUUGGUCACUGAACCUGCAGAGAUUAUGUGUUAACUUCCUAAUGCCAUACAGCACCUGCUGGCCAUGAUCACAGACUAAGGUCAUUUUAGCAGCAUAAAGAACUAGAAGUAGCAGUACAGCAUGCUUGCUGUAGUAGGUCUUCAAGCAGCAGAUCCUAUGUUAAAAACAAUAAACAUGUCCGGCACGCUUUUCAUAGGUAUUCUGAUAUUUUCAGUUUCUACACAGUUUGCCUUUAUUUAUAGUUUUGAUUCGACCUCAUGUCAUGCAAAUGUAAGGGAUUAAAAUACAAAAUACUUAAUUCACAUCAUUGGCUUGUACACUGCACACAAUAAGCCAAAAUUCUGCAUGGUACACUCUGUUAUAAUCAUGUUCCAAUGCAUUCCUUUUUAUGUUUCUGCUAAUCAAAAAUAAUAUUUAAAACAGUAAGAUGUUUAUUUUUACCUUUUAGAUGAUUCAUGUCUGAUGUGAUGAACAUGUAUCCCUAGAAAGUGUGUGAUUCUUGUAGCUCUGUCCUAACCAUCAUGGUUUUUAUUUCAAAACAGCAAAAAGUACAUCUCUCAGCAAUACAUUUUGCUAGUGGAAAAUAAAAGCAGGAUAUUUUAAUCAAA